AUGUCCGACGAUGAGGAGGUAGACGCCAUCCAAGAUUGGAAAAUAUUGACCCAAGAUGUUGUGCCGAAAAGAGGUGACAAAGAUUUUGCUCCAGACGGGACUUUGGUUCAGUCUCAAUUGCUUGAAGACUCAAGAAAUGCAAUGUAUGCUGCACUUGCAGUUCGUAGAGGGCACACUAUAAAGCAGGAGCUUGUAGCAAUAUGGUACCCAGAACGUAAAGAAGCGUAUGUACCUCAUUUGAGAGGUCCUUAUUUUAAAGAUAUCGGGAGACCUUCGUCAUCACCCAGUAAUAAGAUCCAAGCUGCUUGGUUAAAUCCAAUCGAAACGGUCUACCUUUGCGAAAGAGGUUCGGUAAGAAUUUUUUUACAUAAUGAUAGCUACGAACGGUACAAGACUAGAAUUCUACAGAAUUACAUACAGAAGGAGAAACUGCAAGGGCAGGGUAACAACUUUGAUGAUGACGAUGACGAACAGUUCGACUUUGAGUCGAACUUGGUUUCGCUCUCUCUAGCACACUUAUACGCACUAGCUUUCUCACAUGAUUCGACUCUAGUCGGUAAAUACCAGGUAUACUCUUAUUUGAAACGUCUUGGAUAUCUUGUAUUGGACUUUAAGGAUAGUACUACUAGACAAUUGGAUGAAUACCAUAAGUUGGUGGAAAAUAAAGCAAAUGAAAGCAGUAUAUCCAUAUUCCAAGCAUUAAAGUCAUACACGCUAUCUCUCUUUUCUCUGAAAGUGAGUAAUAUCCUCCUAGCAAAAAGGCAUUAUUUUACUUAUAAAUCAAUUUUCAGGUCUUUGAGAUUAAUACCGUCUUACUCGACGUAUGAUAGUUUGAAAAAGCUUAAAGAACCCACUGAAAAUAAGUUGACACCAUGCUUCGAUGUUUGGAAACCUACACCACAAUUCUCCAAGAAGAAUCCCACACAGCCAGACUUUCAAAUUGUUAUUGCUAACACAAAUCAGAGCUCAUUCCCUUCGCUUUCACAAAUUCAAGAGCUAUUCAACUCAAGUAACCACAUGUUAAACUCUAAUACUACAAAGAAUACUCCAGCAACCAUCAAGAAUUCGUCUUCUGGUCCAUCGAAACGUGAAAUCAGAGCCCAAAGAGCAAAAGAAAGAUACCUGAAGCUUGAUCCAAAGAUCCAAAGAAGUAUAGAUUACAACAAGCUCAAAGAUAAGAAGUUUAAAUUUGGAAAUUCAGGUAGGUGCUUUAUCGUUGCGCUUAUCGAUAACGGAGUAGUGAACUUUGUAAACCUCAGUGAAGGAGAUUUUUCCCUUGCAGGUUUUGGCACAGAUGAUUUACAAGAAUUGCUGCUGAAUCCAAACGAAAGGAUAGAUCACGGAAUUGUUUGGUAA